CUUUGAUACAUACUCCGAGAUCCAAAAAAGCAACCGACCUCAGCAGUGAGGGCAAUCGCCGGCGUAUCACAUUCUUACCUGCCGGAUGCGACGGUGCUGGCUUGCUAAUAUGUUAUAAGCAAAAAAUUCCAAUAAUGCCAUCGAUUUCUGUGUCGACGGUUCAUAACUUACAGUGUCCCAUUCUUCUUCUGUUGCUGCAAAACGGCCAGUCAUGUCCAAUACUCCUCACGGUGGUGUCCUUAAAGACCUCGUCACUAGAGAUGCUGCGAUUUCCCAUAAACUAAAGGAAGAGGCGGAGACCUUGCCUGAGCUUGUGCUGACUGAGCGACAAUUAUGUGAUUUAGAGCUCAUCACCAAUGGCGGGUUCAGUCCUCUAGAGGGUUUCAUGACCGAAAAAGAUUACCAAAGUGUUGUCGACACACUUCGCCUGGCAAGCGGGGUCUUGUUUCCGAUACCUAUUACUUUAGAUGUUUCCGGCGAAGUCAUUAGCCGUCUGUCCAUUCAACCUGGUGCUAGGCUUAGUCUACGAGACCCUCGAGAUGAAGAACCACUCGCGAUUAUAACAGUCGAGGACAUCUAUAAACCUGACCGCGUCAAGGAGGCAGCACAAGUCUUUGGUGCCGAUGAUCCUGCUCAUCCAUCCGUCAGUUAUCUUCGGAGACGUGUGCAGGAUUUCUACAUUGGUGGCAAACUUCAAGCGAUCCAAGCCCCCGCACAUUUCGAUUAUGUUGCGCUGCGAUAUACACCUGCUGAGUUGCGUUCUCAUUUCAAAAAAUUGUCCUGGAGGAAAGUAGUAGCUUUCCAGACCCGUAAUCCUAUGCAUCGCGCCCACCGGGAGCUCACUGUACGUGCGGCCCGGCAAAGACAAGCGAACGUUUUGAUUCACCCUGUCGUUGGUUUGACGAAACCUGGAGAUGUUGAUCACUAUACCAGGGUUCGAGUGUACGAGGCCAUUAUGGCCAAGUAUCCAAACGGAAUGGGCCACCUUGCCUUACUCCCUCUUGCAAUGCGAAUGGCUGGUCCUCGAGAAGCUGUAUGGCACGCCAUCAUCCGUAAAAAUUUUGGCGCAACACAUUUCAUUGUCGGACGCGACCAUGCUGGACCUGGCAAGAACUCACAAGGAAAGGAUUUCUAUGGACCUUACGACGCUCAGGAUCUCGUCACCAAAUACCAUGAAGAACUCCAGAUAGAAAUGGUACCAUUCCAGCAAAUGACAUACUUGCCCUCGACAGAUGAAUACCAACCAGCCGACGAAGUUCCAAAGGGUGUUCAAACCCUCGAUAUUUCAGGCACCGAACUUCGCAGACGUCUUAAAACUGGUGCACCAAUUCCUGACUGGUUCAGCUAUGACGCCGUUGUUAAGACUCUGCGAGAAAGCUAUCCCCCUCGAAAUCAGCAAGGAUUCGUUUUGCUUUUGACGGGGCUGCAUAAUUCCGGAAAGAACAAGAUCGCCAAGGCCCUACAAGUAUCACUGAAUGAACAAGGCGGCCGCAGUGUUUCUCUACUUUUGGGUGAAAAUGUGAAGCAGGAAGGGUCAUCAGAAAUAGGGUUCACUGAAGCACAACGACACGAAAACACAGAGAGAAUCGCUUUUGUUGCUGCAGAGUUAGCUCGAGCCGGCGCCGCUGUUAUCGCUGCACCUAUUGCAUCGCGGGAGCGUACCCGACAAGCAGCCAAAGAUACCAUCAUACAUUCUGGCGGUGCCGGUGGUAACUUCUUCUUGAUCCACGUGGCCACUCCUCUUGAGCAUUGCGAAAGGACUGAUAGGAGAGGUGUUUAUGCCAGAGCUCGUCGUGGCGAAAUUGUUGGUUUCCCUGGUGUGGAUCAGGAAUACGAGACGCCGUUGGGAGCCGAUUUGACAGUGAAUGUCGUGUCACAAAGUGUACCCGAAAUCGUUCACAGCAUUGUCUUACUGUUAGAAACGAACUCGCUAAUAUAAACUGUUCAAGAUGUAUUCUAGUUGUACAAGUGUAUUACCUGCACUUUGCGCUGAAGAGUGGGAGAAAGUACGGAUUGAUUUCUUUGAGAAACCGGUGGCAAUAGCAUGGCAGGGAAUUAGCACCAGCCGUCAAUCAAUGGUGUUAGCAGUAGAUAGUAUGCAGUCUGGACCGAGAGAAUCAGCAAAAUAAAACAAAAC